AUGUUCAGCUCGCUUCUACCGAAACCAAAGCACUGCUCAUAUGACACAAUCAAAGUGAUGCUACCGAAGGCCUCGCAAGCAUCCUCGGCUUUGGUGGUGCCCUUUUCUAACACAGAUUCUCAUAAGAAAGUGACCAAUUUGCAUAGUUCGGGCAACGCCUUGGGUGAGGUUUUCGUGGACGCAAACGGGUUCGUCGAUGUGGGAAAAACCCUUGCGUCCAUAGAUGGAGACGGGGGCGUACAGACUUCGUACGAUGACACGAUACCAUUGAAAGUUAAGUACCCGAACCUUCGCCAUCACUUCCCCCGCUACACACUUGAAAAUUGCCCCGACGACUCCUUGGCCACCUGUGUUGCGGAAACCAAAAAAGUCAUCGACGAUAUUUUGUUCAAGGCCGAAAACGGCGAGGUUUCUACUGAUGAGCCCACUUUCGUUACAUUUACGCCCAGUUCCUUGACUGAAAAUGAUGCCAGAGGGCGGACUCUUGAGAUCCGCAACUUCAAAGAGGAUCCCUUACUACCGCCAAAAUUCAAGCUAAGAAAAAACCGUGAGAAAGAACCUCUGCCACCACCUCCGAUUCUUAAAGCCGCUCCCACAGAGAAAAUCACCAAAGAGAUCAAGGAUAAAUGGCACAUUCCUUCUGCAGUUUCUAACUGGAAAAAUAACCAGGGGUUCGCUAUUGCUCUAGAUAAAAGAGUACAUGCAGCAAGCGGAGGGAGUGCCAGUGAAGGUCCCUCCAUCAAUAUUGAAAAGUUCGGACAGCUUUCGCUGGCCCUAGAAAAUGCCGAUAAACAAGCGAGAAGUGAGCUUGCCGCAAGAAACGAGCAACGCAAGCAAAUCGCCUUGAAGGAACAAGCAGAAAAGGAGAAAAAACUAAAGGAGCUUUUGGACCGGUCGAGACGUCAUUCGGGCAAACGCACCGGAAACAGUCACGACUAUGACGGAGCUAAACGGUACCGUGCUGCGUGA